GAUAAAAACCAAUUCACCUUAAUUCAAAAAAACUAUGAUGGUAAGCGCUGUAAAGAGAAAUAUCAAUCAAUCGUAGGCGAUGAAAAAUUUUUACGAUCGAAACGAGUCAGGAGUUUAAUGACAGUUGAGGACAAUGUCGACGAGGUAGUAGAUGCAGAUAUAGCAGAUGUAAUAGUAGAAAUGUCGACUAUAGAUAAAAAAGCAAAUGAUACAUCCGGAGGAAAUUUGGAUAUUGGAUAUGAAUCAUUUGAGUAA